AUGCUGAACACCGUGACGACGAGCAUUUGCUUAGACUACAAGAGGCCGCAACAUGAGUUGAUAAACAGCAUGCUCCGGGCCCUGGACGCUGCCAACGCGUACCCAUCCGACAUGAUCGGCGUGGCAGCGCAAAUCCAGACUGGCGUCCGGAGCAUCGUCCAUUUUAUGGCUGGCACGAUCGACACGGGCGGCGCCUCGGACGAGACUGGGAACAGAGAGUGCGAUAGAGGCAGGCACCCAUUCAAAAACGAGAACGUGGAGGGCUGCUUCAUUGAGGGCGGGUGCUACUGGGACGAGCCGCCCAGAGUUCCCAAACCGGACGAGCAACAGCAGAUGUUCGCUUUCUUCCUGCCGCCGUGUCCAGAAAAUUCCGAGCCGGACGUGACGGGGAAGGUCUGCAGAUGCAGCAGGGGGUACGACGGCGAGUUCCACGUCGUCACCGAGGAAGGCGACCAACGAGCCCGGCCGACUUACGUGCCCGCCCACGGCCACCAGGAGAGCUGCACGUUGGUCGGCGGGAUCUGCGACGUCCUUCAGCCACACCCUAUGGUCCUCGACGACGGCUCGCCCGCGAAGGGCACCAUCGGCGAGAAGGCAAAUGUCAAGUGCGCGGAUGGCUAUAUCCCAUCCGGGGAGGCUACGUGUGGCGGGGAUGGGAGGUGGUCGCCCGAGACCACGUGCACGUUCCUGCCUUCGGUAGCCCCCCCUGUGCCUGUCUGCGGCGUGCCGCGGGGCGUCGAGUACGACACAGGCUCUUGCGAAGAUUGCCAAGGCACAGAGGGGAAACCGUGGGAGCCGAGGUGCUCGUGCCAUGUCAUGUGUGCGGAGGGGUUCAAGAGCACUGGCGAGGUUCAGCCAGGCGACAAGACCUGUAAGAUUGAGAGGUAUGCGUGCCCAGAGGGAGCGCAGUGGACCCGGGAACAAACGUGCGUGGAUGCGCAGGGCAGCCAGACCAGCCAGUGGUGCUGCGAGGAGGCGUGGGGAAGCACUGUGCCACCAGAUAGACUGAGCCGUACUGCCCCCUGUGCGACUUUGACCGACCACCGGAGCUGCAUGUUAGCCCAGGAUAGAAGCGACGGCGCCCCGUGUUGUUGGCGCCACGAGGGUUUCGGCGACGGGGACGCCCCCAAGUGCUUGCCCAUGUCGGACAGCAGAUUGGCGGAGUUGACCCCCACAGGCAGCUGUGCGAUCGAGAAGUUCGUGCCUGCGGCAAGCUGGGAGGCCUUCCCUACCUGCACGAAGACAUGUUCCCCCAUUUUGCACGAGAGCAACGUGCUGCCAAAGGAUUGCGACAAUUGCGUGCCGGGUGAUUGCAAGUGCACUGUGCGGUGCGAAGAGGGGUUUGAGCGCUUCGGCGGAGGCCCAGAACAUGACGUGCGGGAUUGCCAGAGCAGAGACCACAGCCUGACCCCUGUCGCUCCUGUCUGCUUCAGGCCAGGAGACUUCCCGGACCUUGGCCGUCGCAGAUGCGGCGCUGUUAUCCGCAGCUCUGAGCUCCUGCUGGUGGUCGAGGGCUGCCAGAACUGCAGAUCAGGGAAGGAAGAUUGCUACUGCAAGGCCAGAUGCCCAGAUCACACGAGGUGGGUUGGCGGCGGCCCGCAGGAUACGCCGCUCAAGUGCGUCUCCGAGGAAGGGCAUGGCGUGCAGGUGAACAUCGUGAAGUCGUGCGAGGAGAUCACAGACCCCAGGCAGUGCGCGAACAGCAUCAUUCGGGAGGUCCCGAGCGGUCGGGAGGUCCCCUGCUGCUUUAGGAGCUCGGGCUUCGCGGACGGCGGCGGGACUAUCUGCGCCCGGCAGGGCUCGCCGCUGAUCACCUGGGAGAUCUGGAGGCCCGAGAUCUGCACCGAGAGGCUGCAGUCGCACUGGGAGCCGCUGCCCGAGUGCAAGCCGCUCUGCGACCGGGGGCCUCUCGACGCGGCGCCCCACGUGGAGGUGAGCAGGGAGUGCGGCGACUGCGUCGUCGGCCAGGAGAGGACUGCAAGUGCAGGGUGA